AUGACUUUUCGACCUCUUCCGGCUGACGAAAUAGCCAAAUUAUUGAAUGAAAUAAACGAAGACAGUGAAGAUGGUAUGGAAGAUGACGAUGACAGUGUUGCAGAUCCUGAUUAUCGAGCUGAGGAUGAGAUGGAACAAGAGCAGUUUUCUGGCGAUGAAAAUGAAGAUGAUGAAGUGAACCUUGAAGAGAUCAUUCAUAGUUUAGAAGACAAUCAACCUGAUCCGUCUCCAUCUACUUCUGCUGUGCCAACUAGAUCGCAACAAACCCAAUCUGUGGUACAACCUAGAAAGCCACUAAAACUCAACCUGCGAUGGAAAAUGAAAAGCCUGCUUUUGAAUGAGCAUCAGUUACGUUUUCUUGGAAACGAAAACUUACCAACAAAUGUUCUAGAGCUUGACACGCCGAUCCAGAUUUUCUUGUCCUUGUUUUCUAAAGAUUUAAUUGAUUUUAUAGCAACUCAAACUAAUUUAUAUAUUGUGCAAAAGGAUCCCAAUAAUAAUUUUCGGGUUUCCACAACAGACAUCCAGCAAUUUAUUGGCAUAGUGUACAUCAUGUCUUUGGUACAGCUUCCUCGAGUUACCCAUCAUUGGAAACAAUAUCUUUGCGUCGAUGAGCAAAUAUGCUCUACGAAAGCUAGAAAUAACUUGAAAAGAUAUAACCCGAAAAAGCCUCACAAAUGGGGUUAUAAGAUUUACGUUCUCAGUGGAGUAUCUGGAUUUGCGUAUAAAAUCGAACCCGAAACUGGCUCAGAAAAUGUGGUACUGCCCAACGAACCUGAUCUUGGUGCUUCCUCAAAUGUUAUCGUGCGUCUAUCAAGAGAAAUACCUCGCAACCAAAAUUACAGAUUAUAUUUUGACAAUUACUUUACAAGCUUGCCACUGCUAGAAUACUUGUCACAAAACGGUAUACUGAGUCUUGGUACAAUACGCCGAAACAGGAUUCCAGAUUGCAAAUUACCUACAGACAAAGAAAUGUCCAAAAAAGACAGAGGCUAUUCUGUUGAGUAUGUUGCUGAUGUCAACGGUGUGGAUGCAGCAACCGUAGCCUGGAAAGAUAACAAAGUAGUAAAUUUAGCAUCCAGUUUUGUCGGAGAAAUGCCAAAAGCACAGGUGAGGAGGUAUGACAAGAAGACCAAGCAGUACAUAACAAUUGAUCGUCCAAAUAUUGUUGGAGAAUAUAAUCGCCACAUGGGUGGCGUAGACCUUAUUGAUAGCAUCAUGGGAUGCUACAAAAUACGGCUUCGUAGCAAAAGGUGGCAGGUUAGAAUGUUUUAUCAUUUAUUGGACUUGAGUAUAGCAAACGCAUGGCUUCUUUACAAAAGAAUUCAAAAGGCUAAGGGAUUGCAGGAAAAACAUUUGAACUCGGCUGAUUUUCGGCUUCAAGUUGCUACAACUUUAUGUAAGCUUAGUGUACCAUCGAAGAUAAAGAACCGUCGAUCUAUCGAAAACGAACUUCAAUCAAAACGACACAAAGGUCCAGCACAACAUAUUCCUCCAGUGGCAAUCAGGCAGGAUCAGACAGGACACUGGCCUGUUUGGACAGAAAAGAGAAUUCGCUGCAAAUUUCCUAAAUGCUCUGGUGUCUCGCAAACAAUAUGCGAGAAGUGUGGCGUUGCUUUGUGCUACAAUAAACAUAACAAUUGUUUCAAACAAUUUCACCUAAGUUAA